AUGGAACAGGCCCAGCGCCUGUCGCCAAACCCGGGCAGGUGUCCUUUGCCACUCACCCAGGGCUCCUCCAUUUUGUCUUCCCCUCCCACUCCCCACCCCCCCAGCAGACCCCUGAAGGAGAAGCUCCAGCGCCUGCAGUGUCACUUCACCUGGGAUUUUGAGGUCAAGGACAAAAUGAACAUCAGGCACUCCCUUGUGACUCUGUCUCUCCGCCUGGAGCACGACCCCUUCUGUAACCGGGGCACCUAUCUCGCCCUGAAGGCCUACCUGCGCCAUCUGGAGGGGAGCCCCAAAGAGGCCCUGGACAUCCUGAAGGAAGCCAAGGAGGUCUUGCGGAAGGAACCUCAGGAGACCUUCUCACGCCAGGUCCUGCUGAUCUACGGGAACUACGCUUGGAUCUGCUACCACUUGAUCGAUUAUGAGAGGGUGGACCUUUACUUGGGACAGAUCCGCCAGAUCUGCCGGGAACUGUCCAGCCCUGAGCCCUACUCGGCCCCGAUCCCGGAGGUCUACGCCCAGAAGGGCUGGUCCCUCUUGGCCAUGGGCUUCCGGAACGGCCAGCUCGCCAGGCAAUGUUUCCAGACGGCCCUGGAGCUGCAGGAGCCCAACGCGGAGCUGGAGGAGGGCCUGGCUUUCUCCACCUUUGCUUCCUGGACACACUGUUACGAUGACAAGUUACAGGAAGAGGGCCAGAAGUUGCUGGAAGGGCUGAUCCGUAGCCAGCCCGAAAACUAUGAAGCCAAAAUAUACUUGGCACAGAUUCUCUGUUGGAAAGAUGAUGAAAGAGCAGGGUACCUUGCUGAUGAUGUGGUCCAGAACAGUCUCAACCCGGAACUCCUUAGAUUUGCCGCCAAGGUCAUUAAGACCCACUCUACCUCCCAGGCUAUUUCCACCCUGAAGAAGGCCAUUACCCUCCAAGGUGACUACUAUCUCUUGCACUACGACCUUGGCAUGCGUUACAUGUACCUCUUGGAGCGAGGAUCGGAGGGGAACAGAGCGGAAAUCGUGGAAGACGCCAUUGAGUGCUUCAAACGGUCACUGGAAUUGGAUCCUGGAUCUGUGUUUUCCCGGGUGAAGCUGGCGAAGUACGGAGAGAGAUGCCCGCUUUACGAGGAGGAGGUCUACCUGGGCUUGAUGGAGGAGCUGCCAACCGCCAGCAAGAGGUGCCAGCAGUCUUUCUAUCUGCACUGGGGGGAUUUUCUCCUCCGCAAGAAGGGGCAGAGGCAGGCAGCGCUGCGGGCGUACCGGGCCUGCUUGGAGGUGCCGGGGGACCACCCUCUGGAGCAGAACCAGCUGGAGCACCGUCUGAAAGAGCUAGCCAGGGCCUUCCGUUCUGAAGGCGAGAUGGAACAAGAGAGAGUGGUCCAGCGUCUGCUGCACGAAGUGGCAACAAAGCGUUGGGCUCUUCGUCAAAAUGCAGGGAGAGAGUGGCUGGCCUCCAUCGUCCCCCAGAUGGAGGCCAGACCACCUCAGCCAGAGGCCCGGGGGCUUCUGGGAGAUGGAGACCUCCAAUGUGGGCCCUUCCAGACGCCAGAAGAACGGGCUCAGCUGCGAGCUGCUGUCUACCAG